AGGUUAAACAGGUCAGUCAAUUCAUACAAGGUAUUAUUUUUAGCAUACCAUCUCCAUGUUGUCCAUAUUUCCAGCUGUCCACUCCAGGCCAACUUCCACAGACCUGGUGCUCGAGGAGGUCAACUCAGAAGAUGACCAGGACCAGGACCAGGAGAACAGAUCUGAACAUCCAUCUAAACCAAAACAAGCAGAGCCAGUGGUGCAAUUGGAUCCAGAAGCCAUGAGUUCCUCAGCAUCAACAUCAUGCCUGAAGCAGGAAGAUGCUGAGACACAAACCGGACAAUGGACACCCUUCAUCGAGAGCAUCAAGAGAGAGGCAGAGGACAAAGCCAUGGCUACUAUGGAGGAAUGGAUGUGUCAGGAGCGCUUGGAGAUGGCGAGGAUGGCUGAGGAGGUGGCAAGACACGCGGCGGAGGUCACCGUCAGAGAGCUGGCUGGAACCCGAGUGACCGUACACACACCCAUCCUGGAGGUGGAGGAAGAGGCUGAGCCAGAGUUACAGGAGCUGCAGGACGAGGAGAAAGAAGCAGAAAUCUUACACAGUACAAUCACAGAGUGUCAGGAACCAGUUGAGACGUUCAUCCAGGAGGUUGAAGAGCCAGUAGAAGAUCCAGAAGAGACAGAGGAAGAAGAAGAGGAUGCAGAUGUUCCCCGUGUAGAAGAACCAACGCUUCCUUCUCCUGAGACGAAGAUUUUAACAGCAGGUCAAUGUGUUUCUCCUGAACCAGCUGAAGAGCCAGAGGAACCAGAGGAAGAGGAGUCUGAUAGCUCCUCAGAGGCUGAAUCAGAGCCAGAUCCGAUCACUCAGCAGCCGAAGUCGUGUGACGGAGCCAGCGUGAAGCAGAACGUCACCCAGGAUGAAGGCACAUUAGCUGAGGAGGGAACUUGUGUUCCCUUCAGAUGUGAUGCGUUGAAGGCCUGCCUCAUGCGCAUUCCCUGUGUUCCAGUGUGCCUGAACUGCUUCAACCAGCUGCUGAAAAAGAACAAUAUCACCCUGCCCCAAGUGCCCCCCAUACCCAAGCUGCCCUCUCGACUAUCCAAGAUAACCCCACAGAUCCCCCCACUGCCUACCAGACUCAACCAGCUACCUCAACGAAUCACACAAAUUCCCCAGCAGAUUUCCCAGCACGUACCCAAACUUCCCGAGCGCUUCCCUUCCUUCCCCCGGAAACUUCCCACUUUCCCUGAACAAUUUUCCUGCAGGUUUCCCCACAGACUUCCCAAACCAUCAGACCUCAAAACAAUGCCUAAUCCUCAGCAGCAGCAGCAGAGUCGGGACCUGGAGCUGGACCAUCUGGUCCGCCAGUCCCCCCUUCACAUCUCCCGUACCCCGUCCCCUUCCUUGCCCAGCUCCAUUCUGGACUUACCCAAUGUGCCAUCCUAUCCCCGCCUGCCCCCCAUCAGCCCAUCACGCCAGCUCUCAGGCCUCUCCAACCCCACCUUUAAUGGCGAAGAUGAACUCACCUCCGCUAGACCUUCAGCUAGCUCUAGAUUGAGCAUUCACCCAGCCGUAAAUGUGGAAGAUAUGGACUCAGACAGUGAGCAGCAUGGAAGAACUUCCCACCACAUGCCCCAGAUCAUCACCCCACAAGACCCCAACCUCAAAACCCUCACCGUGCCCAGACCACCCAAAUUGAGCAGAACCAGGUUUGGACCUGCUGUUAUAAACCUAGUCAGGAACAAUUGUUUAUAUAAUCUUGUUGUUUGCGACAGAAAGAAGCUGUACUCUUCAGGAGAUGAGGAAGAUGAGGAGCUGGAGACACAAGUCAGGGCCUGGCCGAGCCAAAGCAGCAUCACGAGUGCUGAUGAGGCGCUGAAGGAGCGUCCCUCAUCAGCCGCCAGCCAGGCCAGCACGAUGGUGAAUGAGCGUCUGCAAGAGCUGGCAAAACUAUUUAAAGCAAGGACAGAGCGCGCCAAGGAGAAACUCAUCGAUCCCGAUGACUUGGACGAGGACACACCACCUGACACUGCAGUGCCUCCUCCUGAGCCUCCGACAGAACCAGCGCCUGUUGAGGAGAGUCAGCCCACUCCCACUGUGGAGGAAGAUGAACAGGAAGUGUAUAUCAAGCUGCUGUGCUUCAAGGUGAAGUCUCAGUCAAGGAUCGGGCGCCUGAUCCAAUACCGCUUCCCAUCCAGCAUCGACCCGUUUACCAAUCUGGGUUACGUCCUGUGGCUCUUUUUCGUCACUUUGGCCUGGAACUGGAACGUGUGGAUGAUCCCGGUGCGCUGGGCUUUCCUCUACGAUGUCAAAGGCUCCCUUUACCCGUGGCUGAUAGCCGACUACCUGUGCGACACCAUCUACAUCCUGGACAUCCUGCUCUUCCAGCCACGCCUGCAGUUCAUCCGCGGCGGUGAUAUUGUCACCGACAAGAAGGAAAUGAGAGCCAAUUACAUGAAAGAUCUGCGAUUUAAGCUGGAUGUGGUCAGCCUUCUUCCCCUGGAGCUCUUCUAUCUCCUAGAUGGGGUCAAACCUCUCCUCCGCUGCCCACGGAUACUGAAGAUCUUGUCUUUCUUUGAGUUUAACAACCGUCUGGAGGCCAUUUUGACCAAAGCCUAUGUCUACAGAGUCAUUCGCACCACCAGCUACCUUCUGUACUCCCUUCAUGUUAACGCCUGUCUCUAUUACUGGAUGUCGAACAUACGAGGCCUCGGAGCCACCACCUGGGUAUACAACGGACAGGGCAAUGCAUACAUCCGGUGUUUCUACUUUGCUGUAAAGACUCUGAUCACUAUUGGUGGACUGCCAGAACCGACUGCACUCGAAGAGUAUAUUUUCCAGCUCAUCAACUACUUUAUCGGCGUAUUCGCUUUCUCCAUCAUGAUUGGACAGAUGAGAGACGUGGUGGGCGCUGCGACAGCUGAUCAGACACACUACCGCUCAUGCAUGGACAGUACAGCGAAGUACAUGGGCUCUAACCGCAUCCCCAAAGAUGUGCAGAACCGGGUGAAGACCUGGUACAACUACACAUGGCAGGCUCAAGGCAUGCUGGAUGAAGAGGAGUUGCUUGUGCAGUUGCCAGACAAGAUGAGGCUUGAUAUAGCAGUGGAUGUGAGUUACUCCAUUGUCAGCAAAGUUCCACUGUUUGAGGGCUGUGACAGGCAGAUGAUCUAUGAUAUGCUGAAACGGCUCAGAUCAGUCGUGUACCUUCCCGGAGACUACGUCUGUAAAAAGGAUGAAGUAGGUCGAGAGAUGUACAUCAUAAAGUCAGGAGCGGUUCAGGUGGUUGGCGGUCCAGACGGAAAAACUAUAUUUGUGACGCUGAAAGCAGGAUCUGUGUUCGGCGAAAUCAGCUUGUUAGCGGUGGGAGGCGGAAACCGGCGAACUGCCAACGUCAUAGCACACGGCUUUGCUAAUCUCUUCAUCUUGGACAAGAAGGGCCUCAACGAAAUCCUUGUGCACUAUCCCGAGUCCCAGAAACUGCUACGCAAGAAAGCAAAGAAGAUGCUGGCAGAUAAGAAGCCGGAGAAAAAGACAGAGGAGAAGGAGCCAGUGCGGGUGAUUCCUGCGCGGAAAGAAACCCCUAAACUGUUAAAGGCCACACUGGAAAUGACUGAGAAAUCGGGCCUUCGAGGCACACUGGCCAAGCUGAAGGGAAAAAAGAAUAACAAGUCCUGUGUUUCAUUACAGCCAUCCAUCUGUUCCUCGGUGACACCUGGCUCACCGAUCGAGAGGCAACACUCGGAGCAAGAGGCCGACAUUCUCUCUCAGAUCUCGGACAGCACAAUACAAGGACCUCCCAUCAGCCCCUCCGACCUCGAAGACCAGAGGCGCUCAGUGCUUGAAGGACCAGUGCUAAACGAGAGGACGGUAAUGGGGAAGGACAAGAUGGACGAGUAA